AUGUCUUCAAACGGUGAUGCGAGCAUAGUUAUGAAGUACAUCACCAGUGGGGCUUCCGAUUUCCUGAUAAAGCCUGUGAGAAUUGAAGUGCUGAAGAACAUAUGGCAGCAUGUGUUCCGGAAGCAGCUGAUCGGGAAGAACAACAGAAGCAGCAGCAACAAUGCUCAACACCUCGAUCAGGUUUCAUAUCCACCAACCAUAGCUCCUGCUUCUACAUGUGCCACAAGAACCACAGGAAUAAUCACUGAAGCCGCCACGGUGACACUGGAGAGCGCGACAAGAGAGAUGACUAACGGGACGGUCACAGAUAUACAGGAUCUCAGGAAGUCAAGGCUCAGCUGGACCUUACAGCUGCACCGCCAAUUCGUUACAGCUGUUAAUUCCCUGGGGGAAAAGGCAGUUCCAAAGAAGAUACUGGAGACAAUGAAGGUUAAACAUUUGACAAGAGAACAAGUUGCAAGCCACCUGCAGAAAUACAGGCUUCACCUACAAAAAUUGAAUCAAACAUUGCACAAGGAUGACACGGCUUCAAAAUCAAGCCAUCCCAAUGAAUCAAACAUUCUCAGAACCGAAUUCAACAGUUCUUUGAAUUCAACUUAUUUUGAUCAAGAUGGAUGCUUGGAGAUCACAGACUACUCUUUGCCCAAGGAUGACAUCUCAAGUGGCUCAGACUGUAUGCUGGGAGAACGAAACAACUACAACUCACCUCAAGGUUUCCAGGAUUUCAGAUGGGAUUCAGAUAAACAGGGAUCUGAAACGACGUAUUUAUGGAAUUUCGAGGCAGAUGAGUGA